UAGUUGUGCUCAUGGUUUUGCUCUUUGAGAUCUUUUGGUAUAGACAUAAACGACAGCACCAGGCCAUCCUGUUUAUUGGUGAAUAUAAGGAAGAGGGAAUUGUCAGCUUGGGAAAUCUCAAGACUUUCACGUUCAGAGAGCUCCAACAGGCAACAGAUAGUUUCAGUUCCAAGAACAUACUUGGGGCUAGAGGUUUUGGCAAUGUUCAUAGGGAAAAAUUUGCUGGUGACGGCUCUAUGGUGGCAGUGAAAAGACUGAAGGAUGUCACUGGAAGUUCUGGUGAAUCACUGUUUCGAACAGAAUUGGAGAUGAUCAGUUUGGCAGUUCAUCGCAAUUUACUUCGCUUAAUUGAAUAUUGUGCUACUCCUAAUGAAAAGCUUCUGGUUUAUCCUUAUAUGUCUAAUGGCAGUGUGGGCAUCCAGGCUUAGAGGUAGGUUUAUCUCACUA